CAGCCUUGACCUAGAGGCCAUCGUGGCGGGGGAUGGCCGAGCAGGCUGACGGGGAGCGGCUCAGGGCUGGUGCCAAGUGCCAAGGCCAGAGUAGGGCAUGGUGCUGGUGCCAGGGGCCCCUGCUCCUCCUGGGACAGCAAGGGGCAGAGCCUCCGGAUGGGGUGCAAGAUGUGGUGGAGCCCCUGGCUUCUCUUGAGAGCCCUGGGAUCCUUCACACUACAUGCAGCCAGCCCUGCUCGCUGCACCCAGGUGCUCCCUGCAUCCCGAUGCCCUCUGCUUCCUAGUGCUCUUUGCGCCUUAGUGCUCCCUACUCCCUAGUGUUCCCUGUGUCCUGGUGUCCCUUGUGUCCUUGGUAUUCUCUGCACCUCAGUGCUCCCCACAUCCCUGGUAGUCUUCUCCCUGCAUCCUGGUGCUCCUUGCGCUCUGGUGCUCUGGCAGCUGCUGCUGCAGGUGCAUUUAACCUGGUUUGGGGAGUAUUUGGCCCCUCAAAUGAUGCCACACUUCCCAUCACCAUGCUGAAUGCCUGUGCUGUAGGAAGGGCAGCGCUUGCCUGCCUGAGCAGCCGGACGCUGUGUUGUGGUGGUGGUGCCCGUGCUGUGGCGUGGCACCCUGCCUGGGCAGGUGGGGAAACCGAAGCAGGACCAGCAGGACUUCCCCAUCCUGCUGGUUUGGAGAGAGGUUCCUUUGCAAAGGUCUGGUUCUGAGCUGUGACCAAGGGACGGCUCAGCUGACGGUCCCCGCUGGAAAGGCUUCUGUCGCCACGCUCUGCUCCCCAUCAAUGUUCAAAAGGCUGUUUUCAGUGAGUCAUUUUCUCUCUUGCUGUCCCACUAUCCAGGGAAAAUGGUGACAUUCGCGGUACAAAGUAUGUUCACCAUGGAAACCAGCUGAAAGGAGGGGAAAUGCCACCCCCAGCUCCUCCCAGGUUCGGCUUUGCAUCCAUGAGCAUUAGAAGAUGGCUCUUGAGCUCUUUUGCAAACACCAGUGAAGAGUUUGGUGUGGUCCAGGCUGUGCCGGAGGAUGCGGGGCUGGUGCAUCUGCUUGCUGCUGUGCCGACAGCACCCCCCUUAGCGAGCUCUCCUGGUCCUCCUCACUGGCCGUCGUGGCUGUUUCCUUCUCCGGGCUCUUCACCUUCAUCUUCCUCAUGCUGGCCUGCCUGUGCUGCAAGAAGGGGGACAUCGGCUUCAAGGAGUUUGAGAACGCCGAGGGGGACGACUACGUGACGGAGCUCUCGGCCCAGGGCUCGCCUGCCCCUCAACAUGGCCCUGAAGUCUACGUCCUGCCCCUCACCAAGGUCUCUCUGCCCAUGGCCAAGCAGCCGGGGCGCUCAGUGCAGCUCCUCAAGUCGGCGGACCUGGGGCGGCAGAGCCUGCUUUACCUGAAGGAGAUCGGGCACGGCUGGUUCGGCAAGGUGUUCCUGGGGGAGGUGAACUCAGGCAUCAGCAGCACCCAGGUGGUGGUGAAGGAGCUGAAGGCGAGCGCCAGCGUGCAGGACCAGAUGCAGUUCCUGGAGGAAGCACAGCCCUACAGGGCCCUCCAGCACACCAACCUGCUGCAGUGCCUGGCCCAGUGCGCCGAGGUCACCCCGUACCUGCUGGUGAUGGAGUUCUGCCCGCUGGGUGACCUGAAGGGGUACCUGCGGAGCUGUCGGGGGGCCGAGGCCAUGACCCCGGACCCGCUGACCCUGCAGAGGAUGGCGUGUGAGGUGGCCUGUGGAGUCCUGCACCUACACAGGAACAACUACAUCCACAGUGACCUGGCCCUGCGGAACUGCCUUCUCACUGCCGACCUGACCGUCAAGAUCGGGGACUACGGGCUCUCACACUGCAAGUACAAAACCCUACAUACUUGGCAGGACGACUACUUUGUGACGGCCGACCAGCUGUGGGUGCCGCUGCGCUGGAUCGCACCCGAGCUCAUCGACGAAGUGCACGGCAACCUGCUCAUUGUGGACCAGACUAAGUCCAGCAACGUCUGGUCGCUGGGUGUCACCAUCUGGGAGCUGUUUGAGCUGGGCAGCCAGCCCUAUGACCACUACUCGGACCGACAAGUGCUCGCCUAUGCUAUCAAGGAGCAGCAGCUCAAGCUGCCCAAGCCCCAGCUGAAGCUCUCACUGUCGGAGCGCUGGUACGAGGUGAUGCAGUUCUGCUGGCUGCAGCCAGAGCAGCGCCCGACGGCGGAGGAGGUGCAUCUCCUGCUCUCCUACCUCUGUGCCAAAGGGGCAACGGAAGCGGAGGAGGAGUUCGAGAAGCGCUGGAACUCCAUGAAGCCCAACGGUAGCGCCAGCGCCAGCCACCAUGGUGCUGAGCUCUCCUCCUUCCCACUGCUGGAGCAGUUCUCGGCCGACGGCUUCCCCUCAGAUGGUGAUGACAUCCUCACCGUCAUGGAGACAAGCCACGGCCUCAAUUUUGAGUACAAGUGGGAGCACACCAAGACCGAGCACUUCCAGGCGCCACUGGGAUCGCUGAGCCCCAGCAGUGCUGCGCGCUACCAUGACCUCUACUACCCAGCCACCACCACGGGGCACCUGAGCCUGGGGGUCUCGCCCUCCUGCUACGAGUGCAAGCCUCCGGGCUGCCCUGGGCUGCCGGCACCCGGCGUGGUGCCCAUCCUGGGCGCCCACAGCCCUUCGCUCAACAGCGAGUACUACAUCCGCAUCGAGGGGCCCGGGGAGGGCAGCGCUGAGCUGGACUAUGCCAUGUGCAGCUACAGCCCCGCGGGCGAGCGGGGAUCCCCACACCCCCCGUCCUGCUGGAGAGCCCAAGGUGCCCGGAGCGGCAGCACCUACGACUCCGACAGCAGCCCGACUGUCUCCCUCAGCAUGGAGCCACUGCUGGGCCACGCACCGGCGGGUGAGGGCUCCUGGGAGUGCGCUGAGUAUUACCCCUACCCCUGCCCAGGGCAGGAGCCGCGGGGCUACGAGCCGUCUCCCAGCCGCGGGGCCGAGGGGUAUCUGCUGGAGGAGGAGCCCCCCCAGCCAUGCGGCCAGGACUGGUCUGUCCCUGGCUUCCAGCCCAGCAUCUUUGCUGACCCGCUGGGUGUCUCCCCGUCGGUGAACUGUGCCUACAGCCCCCGGGGAUACGGGGAGCCGCAGGCAGCCUCGGUGGGUGGGCGGCCACCAGGACAGAGCAGGUCCCAGCCGGACUGCGUGGCGCUGGAGCUGGGUGAGGACAGUCCCCCUGGAGCCCCCCACCCACAGAGCGUGAGCCCCCCGGCUCAGCGGCAUCCCUGGGCUUCCAACAGCUCCUCCAACAACAACAUCGGCAGUGGCAGCCCGGCAUCCCACGAGCCCCCGGCCGGCGAUAGCUGGUGCUACCGCCGCAUGAUCACCUUCCGGGGGCUGAUGGCCAAGCCGCUGGGCACCGUGCCGCGUGGCCAGCCCCAGCUUGGGGGAUCCCCCCUGGGCCAUGAUUUCCGCCGCCUGCGGCAGGAUCAGCCCCCCGGCAUGGCCAGCAGCUCCUCCCCAUGCCGCUCGCCCUCCCCGCUGCGCCAGGCCUGGCAUAGCCGUGACUCAUCAACCUCCGGCCGCUCGCAGGCAGCAACGCUGGCUGGCAGCCCCGGCACGCCGUGGGGCCCCGGCACAGCCCCGCCAGCUGGAGUCGGGGCCCAACAUGACACCCACCCAGAUGAGAGCGUGGAGGGGAGCAUCUCUGCCCACAGCCCACUGCCCCACACUGCGGCUGCACCGGGGCCGGAGGAGACCACUCCCGUGGCCAGCAUUGCUACCCCGAACCCCAGCAUCCCUGCAGAGCCCAGUAGAGAUGGCUCCCAGCCUUCACCAGAUGCCUCGGAGGCACCCACGCCGGUGCCCGGGGAGGCUGCCACCGAGAGCAGCGUGUGUGCCACCAGCAUCAUGGACCAGACGCCAGACAAGACUUUCUCCAGCACCAGCUUUCCCAGCGUGGAUGAGGGGAGCGAUGAGGACACGGCAGAGCUGACCUCCGGCGUCUUCACUGACUUCUCUGAGGACUACAUGGAGCGGGCAGAGUCAGCGCCGGCACUCAAGUCCCUGCAGAAGCAGGUGGGGACACCAGACUCCCUGGAGUCGCUGGACAUCCGCUCCACAGCCAGCUCCUGUGAGGUCUUCAGCCCCACCACCUUUGUGCCUCCUGGCCAGCCCAAGGCACUCGACAGUGGCUAUGACACCGAGAACAACGAGUCCCCCGAGUUUGUCCUCAAAGAGCCCCAUGAGCCCCGAGAGCCGGAGGCCUUCAGCCAGCUGGGGAAGCCACCUCUGGGGCUGCCAGGGGGUGAGAGUGAGGGUACAGCCCCCGAAACGCGGCUCUCCACCUCCCUCGGGGCCGAGCUGCACAGCCUCACCGAGAAGAACCCCUACCGCGACUCUGCCUACUUCUCCGACUACGAUGCCGAGGCUGAGCGCAGCCCCAAGGACGAGGAGGACAGCGAUGGGUCCCAGACCUCGGAGGCAGAGGAGAGUCCCCAGUCCCCUGCCCAGGACCUAGGGCGAGCUCCUGGGAUGGGAGAGGACCCGUUGCACCCCCCAGGGGCCCCCGGCAGUCCCCCAGCAGCACCCAGCGUCGCAGUGGCCGUGGAUGCACCUGCAGUGGGGGUUUCGGUGGGGGACUGGCGGGGGACAGAGGCUGGUUGUGCCCUAAAUGGCCCCACGGCACCUGGCACUGAGCAGCAUCCCACCAGCACGGGGCUGGUGCCGGGCAGCUCCCUGCAUCCCGAUGGAGAUGCCUGUCCCCCGGGCUGUGGUGGUCCCACAACACCCAAGACUUUCUUCUUGACCCCAGUGCUGGGGAGCCCUGGGGAACCGGUGUCCUCUGGAGGGACCCAUGUGCCUCAGGGUGUCCCUGGACUUGGGGGACCCACAGCCAGGGAUGAACAGACUGUGCCUCCGGUGCCAGGGCUUGGGGAACCAGGGCUGCCCCCUGUGGGGACCGAGGUGGGCGAUGCGCCGGGGGGUCCCAGCAUGCCGCCACUAGCGGAUGAGUUGCCCCCAGGCCUCUCCUUGCUCCCAUCUACUCGGGAGCCGCGGCCGGCCACCCCGGAGCACCGCGAGGAGCUGGAGGAGGAAGAGGAGGACACUGAGGACAGCGAUGAGUCGGACGAGGAGCUGCGCUGCUACAACAUCCAGGAGCAGAGCGAGGAGAGUGAGGAGGAGCCAACGGCUGUGCCCAUCGUGGUGGCCGAGAGCCAGAGCGGCAGGAACCUGCGCAGCCUCCUCAAAAUGCCCAGCCUCCUCUCCGAGGCCUUUUGCGAGGACCUGGAUCGCAAGAAGAAGGCUGUCUCUUUCUACGACGACGUUACCAUCUACCUCUUUGACCAGGAAAGCCCCACGCGGGAGCUGAGCUUCCCAGAGCCCCCCGAGCCUUCAGGGCAGCCCCCUGCCAGUGGCAGCCCCCCCAGCCUGGCAGACAGGCUCGGCGCCUCGGAUGACUCCUCGGAUGGCAACGCCUCAGAAGAGAACCCCUCGCCCUGUGUCGCAGGCGGCGGCUUUGAGUGGGACGAUGACUUCCCGCUCACACCGGUGAAGCCAUCCCUGAUGGCCUCGCUAACGGGGACGCCGGCAGAGCCGGACGCAGCCGCGCCCACGCUGCCUGCCCCAUCCGCACUGGUGCCAGCGCAGAAGCAGGUGCUGCCCAUCCAGUUCUCCCGGUUCACAGUCUCACCUGCCCCAGUAUCGCGGUUCUCCAUCACCCACGUCUCCGACUCAGACAUGGACUCCAUAGGAGGCAGCAGCGAAGACGGCGACCGGGAGUGAGCCAACAUCGCUCCAGCACCGGCGCCGGGCGGUGGAGGACAGCGGGGCCAGGAGUGGGGUCCGGCCAUGGGCUCCCAGACUGCGCUCUUUGUUUUUUUUUAAGGCAGAUUUUAAUGGAAGGAGCUCGUUUGCUGCUGCGAGCAGGAGCAGGGCCAGCGCGGCUUGGGGCCAGGCGGUGGGUGACGGCCGUGCGUGUGCGAGUGGCUGUGUGUGUGUGUGUGUGUGUGUAUAAAUAGACACAUAAAUAUAUAUAUAUAUAGACAUAUAUAUAUAUAAAUUAUAGCAUUUAAGGGGUAGUGCCCUGACCUCGCUAACAUUGGCAGAGUUUUCCCCUCCCCCAGUGAAGUCCCCCUCCCUUGGCUUCUUGCCCACAUGUGCUCCCCAAGGCAGUGUUUGUCCCUGCAUCCCAUGCCAUCUUCCCUCCAGUGCCAUAUGCUUGGCCUUGCACCUCGCUGCCGGUAACCCCACAUCACGGCUUGGAUGCCCCACAGCCGCCCUAUGGCGUUCCUGAGCUGGGUGGGGGGGCCUUUGCUGCUGCCUGAUAUUGCCCCGAGCGCACCUGCUUCCCACGCUGGAGCUGCUGCCAGCUCUCAUGCCCCUGCACCCAGGGUGGGCAGCACAGCCUGGGGGGGCUGAGGGGUCUCCCCAACCCUUGCUUUCCAGUCCUGGCCCAGAGCAGGACCCCAGCCCCACUGUGGCGGGGAGCAGCACAGGGAGGGCUGGUGGUGGUGUGUGGGGGGUCCCCAGGGACCUGCUGACCCCACUAUUUUUGUAUUUAAAGAAAAGGAUUUAAAAAAAAAUGAAACUCACCUGAAAAAAACAACCCUCACAUUGAUGCGAUUUUAAGUUAUUGCUGCCAAAGAGACAUAAUGAGGCUUAGGAUAAUUGUGCAAUUACAGCUUCCAGAAGGAAAUGGAAGUAAGCGGAGCUGAGCGAAACCUUGAAAUCAGGGCUGGUUCCUUUGGGGUCUAUAGACCAAACCCUGAGGUGAGAAAUGUCCUCUUCCCCGGCCCCCCCUUGCCCCCUGCCCUGUGUCCUGCAGCCCUUCUGGCUCCUGCUGCCCCAUGCACAUAGGGCACAGGCACGUGUGCUUGUGCAUGGACACAUGAGCUCAGACACACGUACAUUGGAUGGGGAUUCUGCUCCAUGCUGGAGCAUGAUGCUGCAGGAUGAGGCCAUUCCCCAGUUCGGCACAGCUCCGGCACCGCUUGGGGUCCAGCCUGGUGCCAGCACAGGCGUUGGUGUUCUUGUCCCUUACCUGCAUGGCCAGCCCAGCCUGGAGCUGUGUCCCCAGCUGGACCCUCAGUGGUCAGGGUCUGUUGUAGGGGUGAGGGGGCUGUGCCCCCCACCGCCCUCUGGGGACAGACAGGGUUUUCUGGGGUCCCAGCUUCAUCCCCCAAAUCCAGGGCGGCUGUGCCUGCCCUGUUCCGCCCUACUCUGCUGCUGGUUGCUUCUCCUGCGGCUAGCAAGUCACAGAGAGCAAUUAUUGCUUUAUUUAAGUGUUUCAUUUAAGCUCUAACCUGGCUUGUGAUCCCCCUUUUUCUCCCCCCAGCCCCAGUGCUGCUCUUGCAAGCUCUUUCCUGAAUGCUUUGCACUGAGGUGGGGGGGUUGCAUUGCCCUAUGCUGGCCAGGGGCACGGUGCGAGCCCCCAUCCGCAGCAGUGGGAUGCAGCUGGUGCAAGAGCAGGAUGCCUCAUGCAGGAGUGGGAUGAACCAGGAUGGGGGAGCUGGGGAUGCCCUUCCCACAGCACCCACCCUGCUGCAUCCUUUCUCAUCCUUCCACAACCCUGCCUGCAGUGCAGGGGUGGGGAUGCUUGACCCUCUCCCCAGGCAGCCCUCACCCUCUCUGUGCACCCAGGGUGGUGGGUGCUGGUCCAGGACCCCCUCCCUUGCACCCAGGGUGGUGGGUGCUGGUCCAGGGCCCCCUCCCUUGCACCCAGGGUGGUGGGAGCUGGUCCCAGCCUCCCCCUUGUACCCAGGGUGAUGGGUGCUGGUCCAGGACCCAAUCUUCCCCUUGCACCCAGGGCAGUGGGUGC